UCUCUCUUGUUUUGUUAAAGUGUCGUUAUUACUAUUAUUUUGAAAUCUAAAAUACAAUUACAAUUAUAAUUAUUAUCACAAUUCAACCACAUUUUAUUUGAAACACACACAUACACACACAAUAUGGCAACCUCUCGCGCCAUCAGUAUAAGCAUAGUUCUCGACACGAUAUGCCCCUGGUGUUUCGUCGGCAAACGUAGGAUUGAAAGGGCCAUUGCCUUGGCCAAGCAGCGGUGGCCUGACUUUAGCGCAACUAUUGACUACAUGCCCUACCAGCUAGACUCGGCGAUGGGAAAUGGUCUCAAUAAGGGUGAGGUAUAUCGGCAAAAGUUUGGAGACAGAGCGACAGCCAUUUUUGAGCGCUUAUCGGCGGCGGGCAUAGAGGAGGGCAUCGCGUUCAAGUUUGGCGGCAAAAUGUCCAAUACCAUGGACUCGCAUCGCUUGAUUGAUUUUGCCAGGCUUCAGAGCAGCGAGACUGAGAAUAGGGCUGUUGAAUCGCUGAUGCACCGUUACUUUGAGCUCGAGCAAGAUAUUGGCGAGUUAGAUGUGCUGCUUGAUGCGGCUGAGGAUGCCGGGCUUGAUCGCCAGACAACAAAGGCGUACUUGGAUUCUGAUGAUGGCAUAGAUGCAGUAAAGCAGAAAAUCAAGCAUGCCCAGCGCCUGGGUGUAUCUGGGGUUCCGUUCUACAUCAUCAACGACCGCUAUGGAAUCUCGGGUGCCGAGGCGCCAGAGACAUUUGUCCAGGCGUUUGAAAAGGCAUUUCGAACCGAUGAGUAAAAACGGCGGUUAAAGUUUAAGCUGGCUGAAAUGCUUUUGUAAUUCAAGUAUUUUCUAAAGUAUUUCGAUAAAGGCGUCAGCAUUAUAAUUGUAAAAUACGAUAUAAAAAUAGUUCAAAC